GUCUCAUUUAAGUUUGAAGAGGGUUAAGGUUUUCAUAGCCAACUCACAGGCUACAGCGAUCCGAAAGACUUCAAGAGUAGCCUACUAGGCUGAGAAUAAACUACCGAGCAAAAUUCAGACGUGUACAACAAAGGAACCAAACACUUAUUUUCAUCAUAUGCAUGCAUGUUCUUCACUUUGGAUGAAACAAAAAUGAUAUAAAAACCUUAUUGAUACAAGAAAAACAGUGAUAGGAAAUUUGAGAAUUAAAACCAUUAAUUAACAUUAAUAAGCUCAUAAAAAUAUCUUUCGGACAUAUACAUACAAUGGAGAGGAAAUCAUGCUGGUCCCUGAUCCUGUGUUUAAUAAUAUUGGUGAUCACGGGCUUGGUAGGAAAUAUACACAUUAACAAGGAAUUUGUGAACAAACUUACAAAUGAAGUAGAGUUCUCAGAGAGAAAGGAGAGACAAAAAGAUCUGGAUAUAAAGGAUUAUAGUUUAGCAAUUGAACACACACAGAAGGAAAUUGACAGUGUAGACAAGGAGGUCAAGGAACUUCAGGAUGAGGUCGGGAAGUUGAACACUGCUAAGGAGGAAAAGGACAAAGAAGUUAAAGCAUGCAAGGAUUCAGUGGCCGUGUUGAGUAAUGACGUCGCAGCCGUGGAGAAAGAGAAGAGUGACAUUGAGGGUAAUUUUGGUGUUGAAAAGACAAAAUGGAGUGAAGAAAUGAAUGGUCUUAAACAAAAGUUACAGAACCAAAGUCUAGUCUGUGCCUUUGUGAAUGCCACUGCAGACGUCCUCAAGGACGAACCUACCAUAAAGGAUCUUUGCCCUCAAAUUCAAACUACAGUUCAAGUUACUGUCAAACUGUGAAAGAAUAACAGCAAUCUGAAUUCAAGACAGCGUUCUAUAACAGGAAUUAAAUUUAUUUCUAAGAUUAAAUAGAUGACCUAAUUGAAAAAGUAUUUUCUCAAGGGUUAGUGUUGUGCCUUAUUUAGACUGAUUAGGCAGCUUUAAAUGACUGAUUUAUACUGAACCAUCUGUAUCUCUCCAAUAGACCUUCUGAUGUAACAUUACAAUUUUUUUAUAAAGUUAUUAAUUCCCUAUUAUAAAUCGGUCGUUAUAUUGUUGAUAAAGUGUAAACUGCUUCUGUUAAAAGCAUCUGCUGAAUGAGAAUGUUAAUGUAUCUCCUCUUAAUAAUAUUGGAUUAACAUAUAAAAUGAAAGCAUUUAUAUAUUUUGAUUUAACAUGAUAGUUUCUUCAGUAUCAAUUUUGUAAGUUAGUAUCUUCAUAAUUGCUUAGAUAUAUAGAUUCUGGGGGGAAAUGCUAAGUGGAUGCCUUUAUACUGUUUAUACUUUUUAUUACAACAUGUUGCUAUAUUGUACUAUGGUUUUAUUAAAAGGAAAAUUAUUACUUAUUCCCUGUCCAAAAUCCUAUUUCCUGUCUGUCUAAAGUAAAACAUUUUAACACAAGUAAAA